AUGCCUUUCCUCACAGUACCCAACUGGCAGAACAGCUGGACUCCACUGCUGGUACUGGGGUAUCUCUUUUACCUCCUCCUCGGUGCUAUGGUGUUCCAGCUGCUGGAAAAGCAGGCAGAGACCCACUCUCGAGACCAGUUUCAGCUGGAGAAGCUCAAAUUCCUGCAGAACUACACAUGCUUGGAUAGGCAAGCCCUGGAGCAGUUCGUACAGGUCCUUAUGGAAGCAUGGGAAAAAGGGGUCAGCCCAGAAGGAAACUCUACAAAUCCCAGUAACUGGGACUUCAGCAACUCCUUCUUUUUUGCAGGAACUGUUGUCACCACUAUAGGUUAUGGUAACCGGUCCCCCAGCACCGUGGCAGGACAAGUCUUCUGUGUGUUUUAUGCCUUAUUCGGGGUGCCGCUCAACCUGGCCUUCCUUAAUCAGUUGGGGAAAGGCCUCAAUGCUCAUCUGAUGAUGCUGGAAAGAUGGGUGCAAAAGCCAGGCCGUGCCCAGGUAGUUCAAACACUGGCAGUGGCUGUCUUCCUGACUACAGGGACCUUGCUAUUUCUGGUGUUCCCACCACUGGUUUUCAGUUACGUAGAAGGCUGGAGCUAUGGAGAAGGCUUUUACUUCACCUUCAUCACCCUGAGCACCAUUGGAUUUGGCGACUACGUAGUAGGCACAAACCCCAACAAGCACUAUAUCCCACUAUACAGGAGCCUAACUGCAAUUUGGAUUGUUUUUGGCUUGGCCUGGCUGGCUCUGGUCUUCAACGUGGGAGCUGACUUGAUGGAAAAAUUCCUUCAGCUGAAGUGGCACAAGCCCGACUUAAGCUUGGCAGAAGGAGACACAACCAAACUGGAAGAUGAACCUGAGCAGCCUAGAAUCCACAUACCUACCUGA